UUGCCACGGGCGGCACGAGGGAUCCACUGCUGGCCUGCUCUGCUUUCCGCCGGAUCAAAUCAAAACCGCCGAGGGCUCCACGCGGAAACAGACAAAGCCGAGCGGCACUCCCGACACCUCUGCUCGCCGGCCGGCCGGCCAGCUCACUCUGCCUCCACCUCGUCUGUCUGUUGGAGCCGCGGCGUCGAUGGCAGCGCCGCCAGCGCUCGCGCGUGAGCUGCUGGACGAGGCGCGGGCGCCGGGGUUCGCGGAGUGGCAGCGCGGCGUGCGGCGCCGGAUCCACCAGCACCCGGAGCUGGCGUUCCAGGAGCACCGCACCAGCGCGCUCGUGCGCGCCGAGCUCGACGCGAUAGGCGUCCCGUAUGUGUGGCCCGUCGCGCAGACGGGCGUCGUGGCCACCAUCGCCGGCCCCGCCGCGGCCGGGGGGGCCGUGUUCGCGCUCCGCGCCGACAUGGACGCGCUUCCCAUCCAGGAAAUGGUAGAAUGGGAGUUCAAGAGCAAGGAAGACGGAAAGAUGCAUGCAUGUGGCCAUGACGCCCAUGUGGCGAUGCUUCUCGGAGCAGCUAAGCUGCUUCAGUCUCGGAGGCGCAAUUUGAAGGGUACAGUGAAGCUUGUCUUCCAGCCGGCGGAGGAGGGCCACGCCGGCGGCUACCAUGUCCUCAAAGAAGGCGUCCUGGACGACGUGCAGGCCAUCUUCGCCGUGCACGUGGACACGGGACUGCCCGUGGGCCUGGUCGGCUCCAGGCCAGGGCCGGUCCUCGCCGGAGCGGCUCGGUUCACGGCGACCAUCACGGGGAAAGGCGGGCACGCGGCGGGGCCACAGCAUGUCGUCGACCCGAUCGUCGCGGCGUCCUCCGCCGUCCUCAGCCUCCAGCAGCUCGUUGCUCGCGAAACCGAUCCGCUACAAGGCGCAGUUGUGUCGGUGACCUUCAUCAAAGGAGGCGAAGCUUUCAAUGUCAUCCCGGAAUCCGUCACCAUGGGCGGCACCUUCAGGAGCAUGACGAACGAUGGCCUAUCCUAUCUCAUGAAGAGAAUCAGAGAGGUGAUAGAAGGACAAGCCGCCGUGAGCCGGUGCGCCGCAACGGUGGACUUCAUGGAGGAGAAGAUGAGGCCGUACCCGGCCACGGUGAACGACGAGGAGAUGUACGCCCACGCCAAGGCGGUGGCCGAGAGCAUGCUGGGCGAGGCCAACGUGAAGGUGCGGCCGCAGGUCAUGGCGGCGGAGGACUUCGGCUUCUACGCGCAGAAGAUCCCGGCUGCCUUCUUCAGCGUCGGCGUCCGCGACGAGGGGACGGGGAAGGUCCACCACGUGCACUCGCCGCACCUCCAGAUCGACGAGGGCGCGCUCCCCGUCGGAGCCGCGCUCCACGCCGCCGUGGCCAUGGAGUACCUGAACAAACACGUCUCGCCGGCGGCGAGCGAGGCCCAGGCGCCCAGCUAGGCCUCGAACAACCAUAGCCUGCACAUGAACAUGUGAUCUGGCUACUCAGAGUAAUAAAAACGAGACUUGAAGAACUUCUCUAAAUAAAAAGGUAAAAAAAAAAUCGAAACGUGAUGAAGAGCUGCACCACCACCAGGAAGGAAGACAUGUGCCAGCGCGCGCUGCGAGUCGCAAAUACCGCGCCGUGCCCAGCGCGCCACCGCCACUUGCCACAUUCGCGCCCUCGCCCAUCGGCGCCCGAUGCUCGCGUAGGUGCUCCCAUGUUCCGAUAACUAAAAAACACAUAAAAGUGUACGAAAAAAAUAAGCAAAAUAUAUAUGGACAGAUAUAGUAUGUAUAUUGCAAAAAAAAAA